AUGCGGUUUCUCCAAGUCCUCCUGGGCGCAAUCGCCAUCGGCUCGGCCGUCGCUGCACCGACCAGCGGCGACGCACCGGUUGAAAAGCGCAAGAGCAAGUUCUUGUUCUCAGGCGUCAACGAGUCUGGGGCUGAGUUCGGCUCGGGCAACCUGCCUGGCCAGCUCAACAAGGACUAUACAUGGCCUGUCCACUCGACCAUUGAUACUUUGACCGCCAAGGGCUUCAACAUUUUUCGAGUGCCAAUUCUCAUGGAGCGGAUUAUUCCAAGCAAAUUGACGGGUAGCAUCAACGAGACAUACUACAGCGGCUUGAACGAUAUCGUCAGUUAUAUCACAAGCAAGGGCGCAUACGCCAUUAUCGAUUCGCAGAACUUCGGUCGCUAUUACGGAAACGUAAUCACUGAUACAAGCGGUUUUGGAACGUACUGGAAGACCAUUGCUGCCCGAUUCGCGAGCAACAGCAAAGUUAUCUUCGAUACAAAUAACGAGUACCACGACAUGGACAACACCUUGGUCGCAAACCUUAACCAAGCUGCCAUCAACGGCAUUCGUGCAGCUGGGGCCACGAGUCAAUAUAUUUUUGUGGAGGGCAAUUCCUACACUGGUGCUUGGACCUGGGUCUCCUCCGGGACUGGAGCAGCUCUUGCCUCCCUCACCGAUCCAUCCAACAAGAUAAUCUACGAAAUGCACCAGUACCUCGACAGCGAUGGCUCCGGCACAAACGCAAACUGCGUAUCUUCAACUAUCGGGAGUGAGCGCAUUCAAGCGGCAACCCAAUGGCUGAAGCAAAACGGCAAGAAGGGAAUUCUCGGCGAGACUGCUGGGGGUGCCAACAGCCAGUGCAUUCAAGCCCUGACAGGGAUGUUGCAGUACAUGGAGGACAACACCGAUGUUUGGCAGGGCUGGCUGUGGUGGGGAGGUGGCCCUUGGUGGGGUUCCUACAUGUUCUCCAUGGAACCGCCAAGUGGUACUGCGUAUACGGGGGUUCUGCCGAGUAUUUCGCAGUUUAUUUAG